AUGGACGCUGAAGGGCAACAAUGCAUUGGACAAAAGGUGCAGCAAGGUGGGGAAGAGAACAAUAAGUGCAGUAGUAGGAGGUGGAAGCCGACAGUGGAGCAAUUGGAAAUGUUGGAAGAGCUUUACUACAAGCAGAGGAUGAUGAGGCCAUCGACGGAGGAGAUAGAGAGGUUAUCGUUGAGGCUGAGGCAGCUGGGGAAGAUUGAGGCCAAAAACGUGUUUUACUGGUUUCAGAACCAGAGAAACCGGGAGAGGCACCCUAGAAAACGCCCUGCAAUAAUAUCCCCCGCCCCGCCUGCUGGAGAUUUGCUGCAUAACAAUUAUAAUAAUGCUGCACCAAAGCGUUCAAAGCCUCCACAAACCCUCUCUCUCUUCCCAAUGCAUGGCCAUGCCGAUAGUGUCUCCCUUGAGCUCACCCUUCGUCCCUACUCUCCGGAGUAA